CACAGAAGCCGAGAGAAGUUGGGGAGGUCGAUCAGAGACGGGUUGGUAGGACCUCGAAUAGAUUUCCUUUCCACUCGUUUCUGGUCGCUUGGACCCAGGAGGAACGUCCCUGCUUGCGUCUAGGGGCGGACGGUGGACGCGCUGCGCACGGCCCCGCCAGGGCUGGUAGUUUGCAGACCGUCCCUGCCGAGGCCCGCUCGCCCGGCCGCCCUGCGGCUCCCGCGGUGGCGGCGACGGCGGCUGCCCCAGGCUCGAGCCAGCCCAGGUAGCCGCGCCUCGAGCUCUGGGGGCGCUGUGACCCGGCUCCUGACUGCGCUUGGGACCCCCUGCCUCCCAGAGCACGGCUGUUGGAGAGUGACCCCGACUGCUGUUGAUGGUGCUUCUGCUGCUCCCCUACUAGCAGCAGAAUGGAAGCCAGGGAAGGAAAUCAGCUGACUCAGGAGCCGGAGUGAGAGCGGCCAUCGUGCACCCUCCGCCCCAGCCUGCACCAUGAACUUGCCUUCACCUUCUGCGCCUUGAGAACCACGGGAGGGCUACCUUGCUAGAGAGAGAUGGCUUUCUUUACUCCCUGGAAGUUGUCCUCUCAGAAGCUGGGCUUUUUCCUGGUGACUUUUGGCUUUAUAUGGGGGAUGAUGCUUCUGCACUUCACCAUCCAGCAGCGAACUCAGCCUGAGAGCAGCUCCAUGCUGCGGGAGCAGAUCCUGGAUCUCAGCAAAAGGUACAUUAAAGCGCUGGCCGAAGAAAACAGGAACGUGGUGGAUGGCCCAUAUGCCGGUGUCAUGACAGCUUAUGAUCUCAAGAAGACACUGGCUGUGUUGCUGGAUAACAUCUUGCAGCGCAUUGGCAAGCUGGAGUCGAAGGUGGACAAUCUGGUCAACGGCACAGGAGCAAAUUCUACCAACUCCACCACAGCUGUCCCCAGCUUGGUAUCACUUGACAAAAUUAAUGUGGCAGAUAUCAUUAAUGGAGUUCAAGAAAAAUGUGUAUUGCCUCCUAUGGAUGGCUAUCCGCACUGCGAGGGGAAAAUCAAGUGGAUGAAAGACAUGUGGCGCUCGGAUCCCUGCUACGCAGACUAUGGAGUGGAUGGGACCACCUGCUCCUUUUUUAUUUACCUCAGUGAGGUUGAAAAUUGGUGUCCCCGUUUACCUUGGAGAGUGAAAAAUCCCUAUGAAGAAGCCGAUCAUAACUCAUUGGCGGAAAUCCGUACGGAUUUUAACAUUCUCUAUAGCAUGAUGAAGAAGCACGAGGAGUUCCGGUGGAUGAGACUCCGGAUCCGGAGAAUGGCGGAUGCGUGGAUCCAAGCUAUCAAGUCCCUGGCAGAGAAACAAAACCUUGAAAAGAGAAAACGGAAGAAAAUCCUUGUUCACCUGGGGCUUCUGACCAAGGAAUCUGGCUUCAAGAUUGCAGAGACGGCAUUCAGCGGUGGCCCUCUCGGUGAACUAGUUCAGUGGAGUGACUUAAUUACAUCUCUCUACCUACUGGGCCAUGACAUCCGGAUCUCAGCUUCGCUGGCUGAGCUCAAGGAGAUUAUGAAGAAGGUUGUUGGAAACCGGUCUGGCUGUCCCACUGUAGGAGACAGGAUCGUCGAGCUUAUUUAUAUCGAUAUUGUGGGACUUGCUCAAUUUAAGAAAACUCUAGGACCAUCCUGGGUUCAUUACCAGUGCAUGCUCCGGGUGCUCGAUUCCUUUGGGACAGAACCUGAGUUCAACCAUGCAAGCUAUGCCCAGUCGAAAGGCCACAAGACCCCCUGGGGAAAAUGGAAUCUGAACCCGCAGCAGUUUUACACCAUGUUCCCUCACACCCCAGACAACAGCUUUCUGGGCUUCGUGGUCGAGCAGCACCUGAACUCCAGUGACAUCCACCACAUUAACGAGAUCAAACGGCAGAACCAGUCCCUUGUCUAUGGCAAAGUGGAUAGUUUCUGGAAGAAUAAGAAAAUCUACUUGGAUGUCAUUCACACGUACAUGGAAGUGCAUGCCACUGUUUACGGCUCCAGCACGAAGAACAUUCCCAGUUACGUGAAAAAUCACGGCAUUCUCAGUGGGCGUGACCUGCAGUUUCUUCUCCGGGAAACGAAGCUGUUUGUUGGGCUGGGAUUCCCCUAUGAGGGUCCAGCUCCCCUGGAGGCCAUCGCAAAUGGCUGUGCUUUCCUGAACCCCAAGUUCAACCCUCCCAAGAGCAGCAAAAACACAGACUUCUUCAUUGGCAAGCCGACCCUGAGAGAGCUGACGUCUCAGCACCCGUACGCAGAAGUCUUCAUCGGCCGCCCACACGUCUGGACCGUGGAUCUCAGCAAUCGAGAAGAAGUAGAGGAUGCUGUGAAAGCCAUCUUAAACCAGAAGAUUGAGCCGUAUAUGCCGUAUGAGUUCACGUGUGAAGGGAUGCUUCAGAGAAUCAACGCGUUCAUAGAAAAGCAGGACUUCUGCCAUGGCCAGGUGAUGUGGCCGCCCCUGAGCGCCUUGCAGGUGAAGCUGGCUGAGCCCGGGCAGUCCUGCAAGCAAGUGUGCCAGGAGAACCAGCUCAUCUGUGAGCCGUCCUUCUUCCAGCACCUCAACAAGGAAAAGGACUUGCUGAAGUAUAGAGUGACCUGCCAAAGCUCAGAACUGUAUAAGGACAUCCUGGUGCCAUCCUUCCACCCCAAGAGCAAGCACUGUGUGUUCCAAGGGGAUCUCCUGCUCUUCAGUUGUGCCGGGGCCCACCCCACACACCAGAGGAUCUGCCCCUGCCGGGACUUCAUCAAGGGCCAAGUGGCCCUCUGCAAAGACUGCCUAUAGCAUAGCCACCCCGGGUUCAUUCAGAUGGCAGAGGUGGCUCUGCUGGGCAGGGCCAGGGGGGCCGAAGUCAUUCAGGGACUCUGACCAGAGCCCAAACUCUUUGGUCCAGGGCUUGGAUUUGGUACUUCUCCAGCUGCAGUCAGCGCAUCCCAGGAGUUUACACCAAAACCGCAAGAGAACAGAGGUCAGACCAGGGGCCUGGCUUCUCCCUGGUGCAACAAAUGUCCUGUCUCUCCCGGAAAGUGUCCAGGCAGCUGCUCCGGGGUUAUUUUUCUUUUUUUAAAGGAAGGCUAAAAGUCUGGAGAUGCAUUCAGCUGAAAACAGAACAGGAAGAGGAAUUGAGCCGAUUGGAAAGAACUUUGGGGACAUUCCUAAA